AUGAGCCAACCACCGCCUCCGGAUGCCUUGGACGCCUUUGGUGCAGAAGGCUCUCUGUUACACGUCCCAGGAGGCCGAGGCCUCUGCUAUCGAACAUCGCAACGCAUUCUUCUCCGACCAUCAGACGAUGACGAAGAAUCCGAAUACAUCGCAAACCUCUGCGAAUCUCUCCUUGAGCUUCAUCCUACUGACUAUCGUGUGCCCUCUCCGAUCUUAGCUUCAGGAGUUCCUGCGAAAUAUGUUUGUAAUGGCUGGACGGCCUGGGAAUAUCUUGAAGGAAAAGCAACCCCUAAAGGCAACUUUGAUAUUCUUAUGAGAGCUUGUCGUGCUUUUCAUGUCGAUGUAGCGAGUUUGGUCACUGAGAAGCCCUCGUUUCUAUCGAUGAGACAGAAUCGAUUUACAGAGGCAGAUCUUGUGACGUGGCAGGAAAAGAAUCUUGAAGAUGUGGAAGGGAUCAACAGUGAUAUUAUGGCUGUUGUUCAACCAAUUCUUGACCAACUUCUGAAGCUACGACAGUCAUUUCGACAGGAAAUCACGAAACAGCUUAUCCACGGCGAUCUCACUGGAAACGUUCUGUUUAACACAGAAACAAACAAUCCGCCAGCCAUCAUCGAUAUCACGCUUUACUGGCGACCGGCUGAGUAUGCAGAAGCUAUCAUAGUGGCAGACGGGCUCAUCUGGUUGAAUGAAGAUCGAAAGUUGGUUGAGAUGUUUGGAACCGAUCAUACACGGAUGCAGCUCCUCGUGAGAGCUUUGUACUGGCGGUGCUUGUCUUUUGCUAUUGACCCUAUUCUCCCCUGGGUGAACGAUAAUCUCCCAAAAGCGAACUUCGCAGGGGCUAUUUAUAUUCGUCCCAAGAUAUGGAUUCCUGGCUUAUCCUUCAAUAUGGACUGGCACCCGCAUUCCCAAUCUGGCAAGCUAAGCCUGUUUGCUACUACACAACUUAUCACGCCUCCUGCUGAAACACCUAGCAACGAGACGACUAGACUAACUGCAGAGUUCAUAUCGCUUAUGGCGAUUGAUGAUGAUCGGUUUGGUUUUGAAGCCUAUGGUCCUUAUUUCUUUGCUGAUCUUCCUCGACGUAUUGGGUCGAAUUCUGCUCUCGACACUACCACUUCUGCCAUGAUUGCAUCGUUCCAAGCAAUACGUCUACGGAAGACUGCUGACAAAAAGAUUUUCUCUCUGUAUGGGAAGGCAUUAAGGUCUUUGCAGAACUGCUUGAGUGAUGAUGACCAACCGGUUAUGCUUAAGCUGGAACUCGUUUUGAUGAUGAUGCUGUGCCAGAUCUGGAUUGAUAACAAGCAUGCCAACAAGCAUCGAGGAGUCAUAGCAUAUUUGUUAAAGGAAGCUGUAUCUCAGGGCGAGAUACUUCACUCAGGUGAUAUACGAGCCUGGUGCUUACAAGCGAGUGAUCAGAUAUACGCCGCUCUAUGCGACCCAAAGGUCGAGCUUGGGUCAUGGUUCUGGGACGUAGCCGUUCAGGAUACUAUCAUGACACGCCCAUACCACUACGAACAAAACCUCUACUGCUUCGAACUCGGAGCGAUAGGAGAUUUACCUGUGUUUCUCCGAGAUCCGGAGAGAUAUCUCUACCAGUUGAAAUGUUACUACAACAUGCUAUCACAGGAACGAGCAGUGAUGCGGAAACUCUACGAAGAAGCCAUGGUGGCAACGCUUUCAACAGAUGCAUCACCUGCUUGUAGAAUGAAAGCUAUAGAAUACGCCUCCGGUCACGCAGGCCUUCUCGUUCAAGCAGCAUUAAUCGGCCCAACACUCAACCCCUUUGGCGUCCUUCCAGAUUACACCCAGGAUUCUCACGAGAUAUGCGAUGAUUCAAUACUUCUUGCAAAUCGAUGUCAGACAUUCAGACCAUGUGGAGCUUCCUACGUCCCUGAGCUCUUGAAGCUGGUAUGGGCGUCAUUGGACGAUGGAUAUAGACAUGAGGAGCUGGAGAAGUUGAUGGAUGAGUAUGCCGAGGAUGUUCAGGGAGCGAGUUAUCUUGAAGAGGCGAGGGUUAUGAGGGGGAGGUUCGAAAAGCUUGGCUGGAGCAAUGAGCUCUUGGGGGAGAGGGAGGAGGGGCCAGGGACACCACCGCCGUGUGUGAUUUUGUGA